GUCGUACUACUUACCGCGACCUUGAUAUCUGACACAUCACAAUAGCACUUCUCUAUCAAAUAAUGCCUGCCAUCAGGACACAACUGCUCUCAACAAAGGACGCCAUCGACGGACAUAAGACGACAAUGUCAAAGGCUUCUAUAGUCGCAGAGGAAAUGCAAGACCUGGCAGACUGUAAUAUACAUUAUCCCUUGAGCGAAAGUGAACGCAAAAUCUUCAAGACGCGCAAUGGCAAGCGCAUCACUCCGCAUCAAUGGGCAGUAUACGAUUUCACCAGAACCAUUCCUUGCGGUCGUGUCACGACGUACAAGGACAUCUGCGUCGCUCUUGGGCAAGGUUCACCGCGAUCAGUUGGUUCUGCGCUUCGAAACAACCCAUUUGCACCAUUUGUGCCUUGCCAUCGCAUCAUCGCAUCAAAUAUGUACAUCGGCGGAUUUUUCGGUGAGUGGGGCACUGGCGCAAAUGCAAGGGGCGGACAGAAGAACACUGGGUUGCAGUGCAAUAGAAAGAUAGAGAUGCUUACAAAGGAGGGGGUUGUAUUCUCCGUGGAUGGGUAUCUUGCAGACGAAUCUCUGCUCUGGAACGGGAGAGCCUGAACUGGUUUCUUUAGUUUUUAUAUACGAUGCUACCGGAGUGGGACUACUGUUAGGUUCAUCACUAAUGUUUACCAAAACAAUAUAAAUGAAUAAUCAGCUGUA